AUGGACAUGCUGACCAUAUACCUGCACUAUGAAGACCUUGUUAUUGAUUCUGUGCCAGAGGUGAGGGAAAUGAGGGAUCUUACAGGUGAAUCUGUUUCAUCACAGAACCAGCAGGGGAAUAGAACUGAACACCCACACCCAGCUAGCUCAAAAAGAAGGCGUACUUCUUCCAUCAAGGCUGCUUCUAAAGUAGUUUUAAAGACUUCAACAUAUCCCAACAAGCGAAAUGUUGUGUAUGGUACUAUUCGGAGCACUGAUCAAAGAAAUAAGGCUGGUGGCAUUGAAUUAGGUGUUGAAUUUGCCAUUGUGCGCAUAUAUCAACCUAUUCUUGAUAAUGAGGAGUUGAUUCAAGAGAAGGAUAAUUGA